GCUGUCCUCGCCGGAGCCCGCGGCGGCCCUGCGUGCGGCCCUGUCCCCGCACCGCGACCCCGCACCCCGCCGGCCGAGCAUGGCCGCGCGCUUCUCGCCGGGGCCCCGGGCCCGGGCCGGGCUCCUGCCGCCGCUGCUGCUGCUGCUGCUGCUCGGACUGCUGGCCCCGGGCGCGCAGGGGGCGCGGGGCCGCGGCGGCACCGAGAAGAACAGCUACCGCCGCACGGUCAACACCUUCUCGCAGAGCGUCAGCAGCCUGUUCGGCGAGGACAACGUGCGCGCCGCUCAGAAGUUCUUGACCAGGCUGACCGAGAGGUUCGUGUUGGGAGUGGAUAUGUUCGUGGAGACGUUGUGGAAAGUUUGGACAGAGCUCUUGGAUGUUCUUGGACUUGACGUGUCCAACCUGUCCCAGUAUUUCAGCCCAGCCUCGGUGGCCAGCAGCCCGGCCCGCGCCCUCCUGCUGGUUGGCGUCGUCCUCCUGGCCUACUGGUUCUUGUCUCUGACUCUGGGCUUCACCUUCAGCGUCCUGCACGUGGUGUUCGGCCGCUUCUUCUGGAUCGUGCGGGUCAUCCUGUUUUCCAUGUCCUGCGUGUACAUCCUGCACAAGUACGAGGGCGAGCCGGAGAACGCCGUGCUGCCCCUGUGCUUCGUGGUGGCCGUCUACUUCAUGACGGGGCCCAUGGGCUUCUACUGGCGCAGCAGCCCCGGCAACCCCAGCGUGGAGGAGAAGCUGGAACACCUGGAGAACCAGGUCAGACUGCUCAACAUCCGCCUCAACAGGGUGCUCGAGAGCCUGGACCGCUCCAAGGACAAGUGACUGGCGGCCGGCCGGCGGGCGCCACCUCCACCAGCGAGCUCUGUCGGAAAACAGAAGAGGAGGAGGAAACACAAACCCAAACCACCAAACCCCAAACGGUCUUAAUAAACGUGACUGAGCAAGAAAGUGGCGCUUUGUGAGGGUGUUUCCAGCCGCCCGUCAGCUCUUAAGACGGACGUUCCAAGAAUGAAAAAGAUCGUUCGUGCAGAACGACGCACGGAGUGUCAUUAGUGAAAAAAAUAUUUUUUAAACAAAGGAUAUAACCAUAUUUAGCUGUACAGUGAGAGAAAAUUUAUCUGUGCAUAGAGCAUAAAGUUAAUUUUUUCAAGCAUUGAAAUACAUCUUUUGUAAGGUUUUUUAAUAAAGGCAGAUUGAGUCAAGUU